UUAAUUAGGCUUAAUAAAAUCGUCUCGUGGUUUACUGACCGAUUCUAUAAUUUAUUUUGUUAUUAGACUACGUUUAAUAUUUUAAAUGUGUGUUCGUAUAUGCGAUGUGAUACGGCAAAAAAUUUUACCCUGAAUUUAAACACAGCAUAAAUAGAAUUACAUGUAUUUAUGUGUGAGACUUGAGUGUGUGUGAGAGAGAGAGAGCCAGACAAGAACAAUGCUUCGAAACUCAUGCAUGGUUCUUUUCUCCAUAGGUAAGGAUAAACAAGCCCUCGCUAGUACUCCUACAUAGGGGCAAUUAAGCAUAAGUAAACACACUGACUGAAACUCUGAACCUGUAUACUUGCCCAAAACUGUCGAGUCUUAUGCCGGAUCAUUUGCAGUUUAUUCCUGGUAAGUGUGGUUAUGAGCUUGAUCUGUGGGAUAUUAUCAUCAGCCAGCCACUAGUUGACUACAACUGUGUGAGAGAGGCAUAUGUUGUCAUGUGUGUUUGUUCCUUGUUCAAGCUGACGAAUUGUAAUCCUGGCUUUUGGACUUUUGACAUUUAUUCCUUGGCCACCAAAUCUCUUCUCUUGUCCUGCACGGUGUACUGUUUUUUUUUCCCUUUUACACUGAGCUGUGUAGUUCUGGUCAUUCUUUAAUCUUUACAGCCAGCCAUGUUGCCAUGGCAUGAUUAUUCAGUGUAAGGAGUCUAAGGAGAUACUAGAAAACUGUUCAGCUUAGGCCCUUCUAAUCACUUCAUUGCUAACCACUAAUCCAGCCUUGCUUAGCCUGCAUUAAUCCACUCUAAUUCAAAAAUCGAUUCCAAGCUUUACAGCAUAGGAGUACUCCUGUUAUCUCUCUCCAUCUCUCAUUCCUAGGAGGAAAGAACAGUCUCUGAACAUCUGCAAUCAGCGCUAGCUGCCGCUGCACACACACACACCUGAGACUGUGAGCCUGUGAAUCGAGCAGCGUACAGCGGCAAGGCGACAGCUCUCACACCUCGCCCCGCGCCGCGAUGAUGCAGAGCUCAUCUGCUGCUGAUUCAGAAUUCUUCUGAAGGCCGGCCGGCCGGCCGCGAGCAUCUGCUGCAGCUGCAGCUGGAAUGGCGCGCUCUGAUGAAUGAUCCCGUCGUCCUUGGAGAUCGGCGCAAUCUUAGCCACAUCCCACAUCAUCUCAUGUGAAGUAUUAGUAGUAAAUCUGUAGCCAAGCCAAACACUGUAAUAAAAUCUGUAGCCAAGCACUGUAAAAUGUGUAGCCAAGCCAAGCCAAGAGGGGCCAAGAAAUGAUGAAGCCUCUGUCUGCACUGUAGUAGUACUCUGCACUCUGCGGAUCCAUACUACCACACCAUGUUUGCUAGUGAAUGAGUGGCACAAAAGCUGCAGCACCAAUUUAAGGCUACUAUACUAGUUUUUUUUCCAAACGCGCAAAAAGAUUGCACGUCAGUAUAUUAGAAGAAAAGAGUUAUAGUUACACAAUGCAAUCAGCUAGAUCGGCUUAUGCCAAGAGAAGGGAGAAAAAGCCAAAUAAAAAGCUGAAGCUAAGAAAAACUACAAAGGCUACUACUAGUCAUCUUUGAUUUUGUUAUUUUCUCCCUGUUUGCAACUCACUCGGCCUUAUUAUGAUCAAUUAUUAUUAUUCCAUUUGCUCCUCAUCUCUCUGGUCAUCAUCACACACAUGCAGAGACCACUGCUUCCUUCCCUCUGGAUAAAGCCACAAGGUACAAACCAAACAGUAACCUUUUACCCCACAACAACUCACAUUUGCUGCAGCGUGGCUGAAUGGCCGACGACCUCUGCAUUGUCGAUUUGUCAUUGCGAGAUCGAAACAACCACAGCUGCUUGAAUUGCUUGUGAAGUUGUGCUUGCGUGCAGAAUUGCAGAUGCCUUUUCUUGCCUUUGGACUUCAUUCUUGUACAUAAACAAAGGAUUUGGAGUAGAGAAGAUAAAAUAAAAGUUCAGAUGAGAGAGAGAGAGAGAGAGAGAGAGAGAGAGAGAGAGAUGCAAGGGCAGUGGGUUCCUCUGGCACCAUGGCUUGUUCUCUUUGACUAGUUAUUCAUUGGGAAUGGGGUUCUGGAGUUGCAGAGCACGCCUCUGCGAGAAGGAUGGACCUCUUGAUUGGAUUAUCAGAUCUAUCUCCUCUUUUUCCUUAGGACUUGCUUGUUUUGGGAGAUUUGGAGCUUCUCAAGUAUAUCCAUGCUCAUUGGAGCUGCAUGUCAUGUCCUGGAUGCUCAUCGAUUGCGUAUGGAGCAUCUGAAGAGAUUGGCCCAUUUAGGAUUAAGACAAACGGGACAGGGCUCUAUCUGAACAAGUACUCAUGGAACAGAGAGGCAAACCUCCUGUUCCUGGAAUCACCUGCCGGAGUUGGCUUUUCAUACUCCAACACCACCUCUGAUCUCAAGACAUCUGGUGAUGAGAGGACAGCUCAAGAUGCGUUGCAGUUCUUGAUCAGUUGGAUGUCCCGCUUCCCACAGUAUCGGCACCGGGAUUUCUACAUUGCUGGAGAAAGCUAUGCUGGACAUUACGUUCCCCAGUUGGCAAGGAAGAUCGUUGAGUUCAACAAGGCCUCACCAUAUCCUUUCAUCAACCUCAAGGGGAUCCUUGUGGGCAAUGGGGUGACUGACAACUACUACGACAACAUCGGCACGGUGACCUACUGGUGGACGCACGCCAUGAUCUCGGACACCACCUACAAGGCCAUCAUGUCGUCGUGCAACUUCACCAGCGCCAACGUCUCCAGGCUCUGCAACCGCGCCAUGAGCUACGCCAUGAACCACGAGUUCGGCGACAUCGACCAGUACAGCAUCUACACGCCGUCCUGCGCCGCCGCCGCCGCCGCCAACGCCACCGGCCGCCGCCGCGGCAAGGCCGCCGUGCUGAGGUUCAAGGACACCUUCCUACGGCGCCGGUCGUUCGGCUACGACCCCUGCACGGAGACAUACGCCGAGAAGUACUACAACCGGCCGGAUGUUCAGAAGGCCAUGCAUGCCAACAUCACUGGGAUUCCUUACAGAUGGACAGCCUGCAGUGAUGUGCUCAUCAAGACGUGGCGAGAUUCAGAGUUCUCCAUGCUGCCGACUUACAAGUUGCUGAUGAAGGCCGGGCUGAGGAUAUGGGUGUUCAGUGGCGACACGGAUUCAGUCGUUCCGGUUACUGCAACGAGGUUUGCGCUUAGCCAUCUUGGACUGAAGACGAAGAUCCGCUGGUACCCUUGGUACUCAGCUGGACAGGUUGGAGGAUGGUCUGAGGUGUAUGAAGGGCUCACAUUUGCGUCAGUGAGAGGUGCUGGGCAUGAGGUGCCACUGUUUCAGCCAAGGAGAGCAUUCAGGAUGUUUCAGUCGUUCUUGGCAGGGGAGCCAUUGCCAAAAUCCUGAUGGUUUCCUGCCAACAACUGAUGUCUAGCUACAAAGUCUAGAAAUCUGUAAAAGAUGCUUGGUAGAGGUGCAGUGUAGUUGAUAGGUGAGGAGUGUGAUUGAUUGGUGUUGGGAAAAGGAUAAUAAGAGAAUAAGGAUGGUUGUGCCAUGGAAACCAUGGGCAUCGCAACAAGGAGCUAAUAAACUUGAAGCCUUCCGCUCUGUUUACCACUAAGGUUCCAUUUGGAUUGGAGGAAUUUCGCUGGAAUUUUAGAGGAACUGAACUAUUUCCUGUGAAAAUCCUAUAAAAUUCCUGUGCUCUGAAGGAACCCUGAGCAAUUAUCUCAUCGAAAAAGAAUAUAUCAUGUACGCAAUUCAACGCAAAAGGGAGCCAUGAAGUAAUUUGCUGAAUAUAGCCAUGUAUAGUGUCACCAGUAACGGAAGUACCUUUAUUUAUCAUGAAAAUAAGUUCCCUGACAUACAGGGAUAACAUGCAAAAACAGGGCAGCUAAUCUCUGGAUUCAAUUUGCAUCUCAAUUCACAAACCGGAUAUUCUAUCACUUCGAUAACAUGCAAAAACAGGGCAGCUAAUCUCUUGGAUCCAAUUUGCAUCUCAAGUCUCAAACCGGAUAUUCUAUCACUUCUUCUAUAAAAGUAAAUGUAAUACCUUUAGAUGACUAGAGAAAAUUCAGACAUUAAAACCCUCAGCUCGGAGGCACCGCUUGUGAGCUUCGAUCCACUUGGUGCACGCAGAUUCCCCAUGCUCGACGAUGCACUCGUCUCUCAGCCUCUUCGUAUCAGGGCACGCACAGCAUAUCUUCUUCUUUGGCUUUGAAUCAGUAGCAGGAGCUGGAGCAGCCGACCCCCCUUCGCUCACAGUUG